AUGAACGAAACAUUAGUUAACAAUACUGAAAUUAUUAACAAUGAAGGACUUAAUAUACCAUUCAUCAACUUAGUUGUUGGUAUUAUAUUAUACAUCGUUGUCCUUAUAACGAUAUUCGGGAAUGUGUUGGUGCUCUUGGCAGUCAGAAUGCAGAAGAAUCUUCGAACAACGUUCAACUAUUAUAUCGUGAACCUGGCAAUUACAGACCUCGCCGUCGCGGUUAGCGCAAUGAGCUUCAAAGCCACACAGGCCUUUUAUGGGACAUAUUGGCCAUUCGGAGAGUUUCUGUGUGCGGUCUGGAUUUUCUUUGAUUACGGCAUGACGUUUGUGUCCGUGUUCACGCUGAUCCUAAUAUCCCUUGACAGAUUCUGGUCCGUCACCUGGAGUCAACACUACAGGCAACAUCAUAGCAAGAGGCUUUGCUUGUUUUCAAUCUGGUUCGUCUGGUUGUUUAUGUUGGUGCUGUGGGUACCAGCCUGGCUGACAGACAGACUACGACACAGUAAGGCGGACGAAUGCUACUGGAACCCGGCUCUUAACUUUGAAUUUGUCUUUAUUGUUGCCAUUGUCGGGCACCAUCUGCCGUUCGUCGUCAUGAUAUUUUGCUUCACUCGUGUGUAUUUGUUCAUGAAGAAGAGAGCGAUGAAGAUAUAUAGUGGUCUACCAGCUGUUGUGAUAUCAACGGUCCAGGGCCAGGCCACUGGAAAAGAUGAAAAUAAAGGGACAGCAAAUAUCAUUGAAAAGAGCCAGCAGUCGGAUUCACCAAUUGUUAGACAAUUGAAAAAGGAAAGCAUAAUUGCCGCUCCUCGUCAAAUGGAUUUGGACAGCUGGUCGGACUCUGUGCAUUUUAAAAACAGUAGUGAACGUUGGACUGAUGAAAAACCUGCCAGUCACUGGCUGGAAGGAGUUAUUGGUGGAGUUACUAGUAACAAGCUGGCAGGAGUGAUGGGUCGAAACAUGAGUCACAGACUAGCAGAAGUGACGCAACGUUCAACGGGUUGA